GACAUAUUCACCACACAAUCAUGGAGAGCAGCAGAAUGAGGACCGUCGUAUGUUUGUCGCUCUUCUUCAUAGUGUGCUGGCAGCUGUCCACGGCUGUGACUGUCAAGGAGGGAGACUUUCACUUCUCUCUAGAGUCGGUGAAGGCUCUCGGGGCUUUGGUGACUGCAGAUGACGCAUCAGUAAAACACGAGCUCCAGCUACUGGAGGCCAAAGCAGCAGCAGUAUGUUCUCACCGUGAUUUACCUGAAGACUUCAAACCUCUGUGUCUGAGGAAAGAUGCCGGAGCAUCUCUGGUCAGGCUGGUGUUAUUGGCCGCUCACUCUGAUGACUGUGAGAUCUGUAAGUUUGUCGCCUGCACUGGCUGCUGAACACAAAACCUGCAUUGUGAACGUUACCUUAUUUUCUCUUGUCUCUAAUUCAAAUUAUUAUUUGUACUGAAGGGAAAAACACUGACAUGUACUUGAUCAUGUGCUUAUUGAUUGUUCCAUAGGGUUAUAAUUUGAUCAUAAACUGUGAAGUUUAGUUUGUAGUUUUAGCAAGUGCAGAAUAUAUAUGAUCAGUUUCAUUAGCUGUGUGAUUUGUGAAGUUCCAUUAAUCAUGCAAAUCUUGAAUAAAAAAAUUAAAAAAGCA